CAUCUGAGGGAACCUGGAUAAACCUUUACGAGGUCAUCUCAUCAUUUGAAUAAAAAUAAUAACUGUAGUCAUAUUAAUGUUAAUAGUUCGGUGGGUGUCUCUCAUUUACGACUUUUUGAGGACCAUGUGAAAUCAUCGCCAUUUGAUCAACUGGUUGUUUUUCACUAUCUAGUGUUCCCUUUUUUUAAGUCCUUCACUUUUUUCGUGUCUCAUAACAGUGAAAGAGGAGCAGACCAUGGCGUCCUCGUCCAUCACCACGGUGGGUGGCCUAAUGAUCGUCACUCAGGUCAUCCCUCAAGAUGAAACUUCCAUUCCACUCCAGACACCCGGGAACAGAGUUGCACAAGCCCCGCCCCCUGCGUCUCCCACCAAUAUGGCUGAGGCGUCUAAAACAAAAGUGCCCGGGGUGCUGUCGGGCCUUGGGGCGGUGCAGGUGGUCAUUGGGGUGCUGUGCGUUCUCUUCAGCUUGAUCCCCGCCUUCUUACCUUUUCUGAUGCUCCACGUGGCGUUCUGCGGCGGUGUGGCGUUUGUGGUUUCGGGUUGCCUGGCGGUGGCGGCGAGGACGCGGACCGCAGUGACAUCGAUGUGGGCGUGUCUCGUGUCAAACGGCAUCAGCGUGCUGCUUAGCCUCAUGGGCGUGGCCUACCUCAGUUGGCUGCUGAGAACUGUGCACCCCUCUGAGGAAAUUUGCGGUAGCACUGACGGGGAGAACUGGUGCGUCAGUCGACUUUGGGUGCUGGAUAUGGUCUUGGCGGGCCUGAAUGGUCUCUUCCUGGUUCUGCUCAUCCUGCAGACGUGCGUCGCCAUCGCCGCCUGUGUCUUUGCCGCCAUUGGCAUCAAACAACACCGUUGCUACACGCCCAUCACGAUCGAGGAGCGCAGUGAUGGGAACGAAGUGGUGGAGCCGCAAUCACCGUGAAAACAGACAAAACACUCAUCAAUGAGCUGUCUGUAAUGGGGGCAUUCAAACGUGCUAUACAGUUUCUCUUCCUGCUUUAACCAUGACUGAUAACUGUCAAUCACGUCUGUGAGACUGCAUGUGUGUGUACGUGUAUGUGAGCACACUCAAUGGGCAGGUGCCACUCCCCGUUUUCGGGCUGAACAACAAAUCUCAUUCAGUUGAAGUUUUAAUUGUGAACACUAUAAACAAAAAAACAUAGACAUAUCUUAUUUUGAACCAACACUAUUGGUAACAUAUGCAUGCUGGCGAUAGUGUUAGCAUGAUUAAUUGAUGUGAUUAAUUGUCCGACAUGUCAAGAUGGAUUACUUUAUAUUGUUUAUAUUCUGAGCAGCCUGGGUCUGUUGUAAGAGUAGACCAUCCUAAUCCUGUGUGAGUCCAAUGUCCUUGUUGUCUAACAUGACCUCGUCCACUGAGACAAGCUUAAAAGCUGUCCAAUGUUUGUACAAUGUUCAGUGUGUUUGUCAACUUUUUAUACUGGUCGCCUUGCUGAGACACGUCCUGCACACGACCCUGAAGGCAUCACCUUUGAGCCUCUCUGCCUUGCUCAUCCCCAAUCUCUCUGGGGGACAGGAAGAAGCAUCAAUUGUCUCUUUGCUUGCAAUAAAAAA